AUGGAUUCCUCCUCCUCGUCGUCCAGCCUGAGCCAGCAGCCCGAGUUCGACUACCUUUUCAAGCUCCUCCUGAUCGGCGACUCCGGCGUCGGCAAGAGCAGCCUCCUCCUCCGCUUCACCGCCGACUCCUUCGAGGACCUCUCCCCCACAAUAGGUGUUGACUUCAAGGUGAAGAUGGUUAGCAUUGGUGGCAAAAAACUCAAGCUUGCCAUCUGGGACACAGCUGGACAAGAGAGAUUUAGGACCUUGACCAGCUCUUACUACAGAGGGGCACAGGGGAUCAUUAUGGUGUAUGAUGUCACUCGACGAGAAACAUUUACCAAUCUUUCUGAUAUAUGGGCGAAGGAAAUUGACCUGUAUUCAACCAACCAGGACUGUAUAAAGAUGCUUGUUGGAAAUAAAGUAGACAAGGAAAGUGAGAGAGCUGUCACGAAAAAGGAGGGGAUUGAAUUUGCCAGGGAAUACGGAUGUUUAUUUCUAGAAUGCAGUGCAAAAACAAAAGUAAAUGUAGAACAGUGCUUUGAGGAACUCGUUCUAAAGAUAUUAGACACGCCAAGCCUCCUCGCGGAUGCUUCCUCAGGGGCCAAGAAGAACAUCUUCAAGCAGAAGCCUCCGGAAGCUGACGCCGCCGCAAGCAGCUGCUGUUAA